AGCAAAUCAAUGGGAAUAGCCAUAAAGUACUCAAAGAAAUUGCAGCUGAUGAGUAAGCUUAUGAGUUUAGUGAUAGUUCAACCAACCAAUGAUUCUAAUACUCAACCUUAUGGUGUAAGCCCACCAUUUUCUUUGCCACCAUUUGAUUCUCUCCCCCCUUCAAACCGUCCUCCUUAUUUCCCCCCUCCGUCGAGCACAUCCGGAACAGUUCCAAGCCCGACACCAACGAGCUCUUCGGGGCCAAUUUCAAGCCCACCAUCCUAUAUUCCAUCUCCAUUCGGGUCACACACAAGCCCACUGGUGUUUUUGCCACCCAUAGUGUACCCUCCACCUACGGUUCCACCACCUCCGUACGUGGCUCCGAAUUCGGCACUGUGGUGUGUGGCUAAGCCAUCGGUGCCUGACCCGAUUGUUCAAGAAGCUAUGAACUAUGCUUGUGUCGCCGGGGCGGAUUGCGAUUCGAUUCAGCCUAGCGGCUCGUGCUUUCAGCCCGAUAGCUUGUUCGCACAUGCUUCCUAUGCUUUUAAUAGUUAUUGGCAAAAGACCAAGGUUGAUGGUGGUACAUGUGAGUUUGGGGGCACUGCCAUACUUGUCGCAGCUGAUCCGAGCUACGAUGGAUGUCAAUUUGAGUACCACAAUUGAUUGGUGAAAGGCUCCUCAUGGCAUAUAGUUAGAAGAUUGAAUAUUUCUAGAUUUUUCUUCACAUUACCAUGAGCUAAACAUAAAGUUUGUAAAGCUUGAUUACAAAGAUUUUUU